AUGAAACCCUCGACUUUUGUUUCAGUUGCACUGAGUCUUGCUACCACAGCGUCUUCGUAUACUGACUGUAUCUCGGUGGCUGGGUGUUUUCUUCAAGACGACGAUGAAACCGAUUAUUCUACGUUUGAUUUGGCAGCCACAAAUUUCGGAUUGAUCAAUCGUACAUACGACGCGGAUGAACAGUCUCCCACUGACACUCUCACUCAGUGGCAGCAGUUCUAUAAUCAAGUGGUUCAUCUGAACGACGAAUCCCCAUCCAAUGUCAACUACAAUGUCUUAUCUUUAGGUCGUCAUGGCCAGGGCUGGCACAACGCAGCCGACCAAUACUACGGCUGGCCUGCAUGGAAUUGCUACUGGUCCCUCAUCAACGGAAACGGCACCGCCUCCUGGCGCGACUCUCGCCUCACAGACGGCGGAGUCGCCCAGGCUCAACCCGUACACGGCUUCUGGAAGAAGUUAAUCGACACCCAGCACAUCUACACCCCAGACAGCUACCUCGUCAGCCCACUCACCCGCACCCUCCAAACCGCCAACGUCACCUUCAGCACUCUAAGCCUUCCCCGCGGCAGCGGCCCCUUCCGACCUCUCAUCCACGAACUCUUCCGCGAAUCCAUCAACAUCCAAACCUGCAACAUGCGCAGCUCCCGCUCCUACAUCCACAACCUCUUCCCAGACUGGCCCAUCUCCCCAGACCUCGAUGGCUUUUCUUAUUUGUCAACUGAUAUGGUGUGA